GAGCAGGGAACGGUGAGGAUUCAUGCUGUGUUAGCAUCCCCUCAGCAACUCCAUCAAUACUGCAUACAGCUGAGAAACUGGCAAAGGUCCGCCGUGCUGCGUUUUCAGGCUCGGCCAGAGAAAGAGAGCGACUCCCACGACCGGUCAGCUCAGUCUGCUGCUGGAGGGGCGCGUUGUGAGGGGCAGAAAACACACACACACACACACACACACACUGACACACUCUCUCUGGAACCUCUGCUGCAUCAAGAAGCAGAGGAGGGACACACGAUCUGGGAAUACUCCAGAGGAGAGAGUUAUCACCGGAGAAGGGACGGCGAGGAAACUCUUGCUGCCAUGCUCUGCAUCGGAGGCUGAGCUGCGGGAGAGUUUGACAGGACCUCGGUGCACCUGCUCCAUGCACACCGAUUAUAUAGAAGAGCUGGUGUGUGCAAUGGCUGUCUUCGACUUGCAGGGUUUCAUGCCACCCGUUCUGCAUCCCUUUCUUCUCUUUGCUGCACAUCCAGGUCCGACGAUCUGACCACACCUCUUCUACUCCCUCCCCCUUUUUUUUUUUGGUGUCCAUCUUUCCUGGGCCCACCAUGGGAGGAUGCUUCUCCAAACCCAAACCAGUUGAAGUCAAAGUGGAGCUCUCUCUCCUGGAAAAAGAAAAAGAAGUGGACGGCCUGUCCCCUAAUGGCAAAGCCAGCCCCUUUGCUGACUGCAGACCGAAUGGGGCCCUGGCACACAGCUCUGACGAAGACUCCAUGCUGCUGCCGCUCAACCACAACUCCCGGGAUUAUGUGGAGGCCUCCGUGUGUCACGUUAAAGACCUGGAAAAUGGACAAAUGCGAGAGGUCGAUCUGGGAUGUGGCAGAGCUUUGCUCAUCAAACAACACGGGGAGUUUUCCGCCAUGGCCCACAAGUGUCCGCACUAUGGAGCACCACUGGUCAAAGGUGUCCUAUCUAAAGGACAUGUGCGCUGUCCCUGGCACGGCGCCUGUUUCAGCACAGCAACAGGAGACAUAGAGGACUUCCCAGGUCUGGACAGUCUGCCAACCUUCCAGGUCAGAGUUGAAAAGGACAAGGUGAUCAUUCGGGCAAACAAGCAGGCUCUUCAGUCACAAAAGAGAUCAAAGCCCAUGUCCCGAUGUUCGGCUGUCAUCAACUCCAACACAGGCUUCAGCCAUGUUCUCAUCAUCGGCUCAGGUCCAGCAAGCCUGGUGUGUGCAGAGACACUGAGGCAAGAAGGCUUCACAGAUCGCAUCGUCAUGUGCACCAUGGACAGACAUCCUCCGUACGACAGGCCUAAACUGAGUAAGUCUUUAGAGAGCACAGCAGAGCAGCUGAGGUUACGCUCCAUGGACUUCCUACAGGACCAUGACAUUGAGCUGCUCACAGAAAAAGAGGUUGCAGCAGUGGAUGUUAAGACUCGAUCUGUAACGUUUGAAGACGGCUUGAGGAUGGAGUACAGGAAACUCUUUAUUGCUUCAGGAAGCAAACCAAAACCGAUGAGCUACAAGGGGAAAGACGUCAGGAAUGUUUUCCAUCUCCGGACGCCCGAGGACGCUAACAGCAUAGCUAGGCUUGCCAACAAUAAGAACGCCGUGAUUGUGGGAACAUCUUUUGUUGGUAUGGAGGUGGCUGCAGCUCUGACUGACAAGGCCCACUCAGUGUCUGUCAUCGGGAUCGAGCCGGUCCCCUUCAAAAAAGCUCUUGGGGAGAAAGUAGGGAAAGCUAUAAUGAAGCUGUUUGAGACAAACAGGGUGAAGUUCUACAUGCUGAACGAAGUGUCGGAGAUGAUUGGUCAACAUGGACAGCUGAAGGAAGUUGUUCUGAAGAGUGGGAAAGUCCUGCGAGCGGACGUGUGCGUCAUCGGAGCAGGGAGUGUUCCUGCAACAGGGUUUUUGAAACAGAGCGGCAUCCACUUGGACUCAAAGGGCUUCAUCACCGUGAACAAGAUGAUGCAGACAAACGUUGAUGGGGUGUUUGCUGGAGGAGACGUGGUCACGUUUCCUUUUCCACCUCGCAACAACAAGAAGGUGAACAUCCCUCACUGGCAGAUGGCUCAUGUGCACGGCAGGGUGGCAGCUCUCAGCAUGAUGGGCAGAGUCUCUGAGUUCAAAACUGUGCCUUACUUCUGGUCAGCUAUGUUUGGGAAGACCAUUCGCUAUGCAGGUUAUGGUGAUGGAUUUGAUGAUGUCAUCAUACAAGGAGAUCUGGAUGAAUUACGAUUUGUUGCUUUUUAUACAAGGAGCGAGGAGGUGGUCGCUGUCGCCAGCAUGAACUAUGACCCCAUCGUAUCUCGGGUGGCAGAGGUCUUGGGAUCCGGAAAGACGAUUAAAAAGCGAGACGUGGAGAUGUUAGCGCGGCUUGGCAAGACUGGAGACAUAUCUUGGCUGAUUGACAAAGGCUCUCACUGACUUCACCUCUGAAGUUCCCUAAAGGACAGACCCAAAGUCCACUGGAUAUCCUGACAUGGACACUUUGGUGCUGAGACCCUGAGCAGCUAUCCUACUUCAUUCACUAAAAUACAGUGAACACGAUUCUCUGUCCGUCGGAGGCUCACUCUCCUGAAGAUGACAGUUUAACAUGUUUUGCUCCGGAGAGACACUUUAAUGUGACGAACUGAACCACACAGGGCAUGAACACACUGAAUCACUGUGUCGGCAAAUGUUUUUGUUCACAACAAAGCAAUAUUUCAGCCUUCGUGCUGCUGCGAGUUAUAUCUACCUGUACUUUUUGUGUAUAAGAAGCCAGAGAAGGGCAUGGGCAUUUGUUUUGUAUAAAUACGACUGUACAUAGUUAUAACCCUGAUUGCACUGUAACAACAAAAGAGAAUACACUUCUGAGUGGAAAAACAGAUCGACUGUGCUCUCAUACAGACCUUAGAUCUGCAUGGUAGAACUUACUGCAGUACCAAAUAAAAUGACGAGUCCCAAACCAGAGAUUAAUACAGAUGCAUUAAAAUAAAAGCUUAAAUCAGCAGCAGAACAAGACCUCUUUAGACCAACCUUGAGCUUUAACAAGCUCAGUUAUAUGCACAUGCAUUUCAUUUGCAACGAGAUAAUGUACUUCUUUGCAUAUGUUGCCUUUCUAGUAAAUACAUUAAAUUUUAAUCACAUUUUUAAUUAAACUAAUUAUUAGUUUGUGCUUGCACAAUAGAUUCAUGUUUUUCAAAAAAAUAAACAGCAAUAACUCAUCUAGAGGAAAACUAGCUGAAUGUUUAUUUGUGAUGUUCCCAGACUCAAUAGGGACUUUAUUUGUUACUAACUCAGGGAACUGAGGUUUGUGGCCCAGGCUGACUGCUCCCUUACAGUCGCAGUUGCUUUAAUAUUCAAGUGUGAUCUCACUGCUUGCCCCUCAUUUUCCUUUAGUAAUGCCUUGCAAUGUGCUGAGAGGUGCAGAGUAGAUGUCUGACAGCAUACUGGUCUAAUGAUGAUCCACGAUGCUGAAAGUCAACGAGGCAAUUUGAAAAGCAUUGUUCUUCCUUCAGAGAAGCUGGAAUGACAUUUUUAUAACUUAACUUUGAAAUAAAAAGUGAUCCAACAGUAAA